UGGAUGUGAUGCACGAAAAGGUUUCGCACCAGUUGGUGGUCCACUGGAAAGUGAAGAGUAUUGCUUUUAUGAUUCAAGCAAGUGUAUGCGGAGCAUAUGCCCACCCGGAACAGAACUUUCAUUAUGUCUGCAUUCCCCUUUGUCGAGAGGGAUAUGGUCGCACACAAUUGUCGGACAUAUGCAGACCUUUGGAAGCACUGUCAAGACUUCAAUCCGAGUCUUGGACAUCAAUUUUUAAAAUGGAAACAAGAGCUGCAGCUAACAUUAGAAGUAAAACAAGUACAAUGCCAACUAAUACGUUCUCUCUUAAUUACACAUAUUCACAUGGAAACAGCAAUGGAAACAAAACAACGUUGUCAGUAUACACUUAUCCAGUUACAGAAACAACUUUAAGCAAGGACGAAAAAGAACCUAAUGGUAACAAUCCGCCAUGGCUGUAUAUAUCGAUUGGUGUCUUCUGCUUCUUGGUUUUGGCUGGAAAUCGCAUGCACAGCUUUACACAGACGAUAUAAAAAUGCAAUUGGUAGAAUACCACAGCGACAUGUGUCUCCAACGCGUGCGGGAAUUGGAAUGCAAGACAGACAAUUAACAGGUAUAAGGAUUGAGAUGAUGUCUUAAAAUUGAAAAAAGCUACUAAAGUGAAUUCGUAUUAAAUGCUCUUUGUUCGUUGUUUAUAUAAUCUUUCAACAUGUUUGCUAUGUAUCA